CAUCUCAUCCGGUGUACUGUGUGCAGCUUCGGUUGCUAAGGAAACGCAGAAAGAAGGUAAAAUGAAGAUGAUGAUGACCAGUCGAACCAAAUGAGGUGUCGUGGGGACAUGGUAUAAAUUAUGCCAAGUGUAUGACAAAACGACUCUGCAUGUCUGUUCCUGGAUCAGCGCUACCAUUAUGGUGACACUUAUCACAGAGCAGCUCCGAAAGCAGAGUUUGGAAGAACCUUAUCACCAGGCUUUCACCGUGAAUGUGACACUACCUGCAUUAGGGUCCAGCCCCACUAUCUCCUGGAGUGCAUGCAAAUCAGCGCAAGAGAGCAGUUUUGCUACAAAGCCAUCUUUCAAAGCCAAACCUGUGGAUGCAACAUGUGGCCUGGAUUCCACGUGGCCUUACCAAGUGGGAAAACCUCAGCAUGGACCUGAGGUUUCCAUAACAGCCAACGCUUUCCAGAGCUCCCCUCCACCUCCCCCUCCAAAACGCCACUGUCGCUCCCUCUCUGUUCCGGAGGACCUAUCUCAGUGCCGCUCCACGUGGCAUCCUAGUGCAUCCAAAGUUUGGACCCCAGUAAAACGUGCCAGCCAAAGCAUAGAAAGGUCUCCUUUAAACUCAGUUGCCAGCUCGCUGCCUCUUUGUGGCCCCAGGACCUUCUAUGAGUCAUCCUCUCUACAUUCCUCUUCGAGCCCUACUUUCUUUAGCUUAGCACUAGCUGCUGACUCUCCACUGUCAUGGAGCUUUCCAUGGGACCCAUGUGACUCACAGAAAACAGCCUGCUCUUCCUCAUUUGCUACCCCAUCCUCUUGUUCCUCAUCACCGACUCCCCUAGUUGGUCACUCAGUGUCACACCGCCGCUACUCCCUGUCUCCUUUCCAAGUUCUGAACACAUCUGUGUUCUCCCAGCACCCUCACCUGGCCCACACUUCUUGUCUGACAUAUUGCUCUGGUAUGGAGUGCCCAGCUUUGUCUCCUUCCCCAACUUCAGCCUGCAGCACACCAUCCUCCUCUCAACACGACCUGCACCAAGCACUACCACGAUGCCACUCACAGCCCUGCGAUAUGCGCAAACCUCGCUUGAAGCGGCGCCACGACCCAGAUGUGUUACCUGGCCCAAGGCCGGGACUCGACUUCAGCAAGAUGACACAGAUUGGCAACGGUGAGGGCCUAGUGUCUGGUACAGGUGGUUGCAUGGGUCAGGUGCACUCCCAAGUGGAGCAGAACUCUUCUCUUUCGCCUGCAGAGUUCCUGGGUCGAGCCAGCAUCAGACCACUAAGUGAAAGUGAAGAGGAGGAUGAAGAUGAUACAAUUAAAAGAACUGCGACGACUGAGGCCCAUAUGCUUUUUGAAAGAGACUGCACAGAACUGGACUUGAACCUCAUAGAAGAAAAUUGAUGAUAGAGGGAAAAUGCUGCUUCCUGUGGGAACAGCUUCCUUUACCAUGUUAAGCACACUUCUACAUGCUCGCUGCCUCAGGCUUAUAUCUAUACUCAAGAUCAAAACAGUCUGGAGCUAUCGACAAACCACUCUUGAGCUAGUUACUGUUAAAAAAAAAAAAAAGUGUUAUUGUGCCUCCCCUCUUGCAGCACUCCAAAGUGAAAUUGACAACUUUUUGUGAAGACAGGCUCCGGGACAGGCUAUGGCUUUCUGCCGGUAAAUUAUUAAAAUUUUAAGUAGCGCUGCUAGUUGGCUGUGUAUUACUUGUCUUAAUAUUCUUUUCUGAAUUUGUACUGCCAUCCAUGGCAGUACAAACAAUGUUGGAAGAACUUUCCCCCUCAACAUCCUAUUUUAAGAUUGCUAUAUAAAUUUAGAUUAAACCCUAGUUUAAAAAAAAUGUUGGAAAAUAUGUUUGCAAACCAGUCCUGUACCCUGAAAAAUCUCUGUUUUAUGUUUCUAAGUGUACGCUCACAAUGGUCAGCACGCUAGGUACACAAAACUAUCCAGCUGUUUUCUAUACUGCUUGACCUCUUUAGAGUUGUGGAUAAAUGGCACCUAUCCCAACUGACGUUGGGGGAGAGGUGGAGUACUCCCCGGACAGAUCGCCAGUCAGUCUCAUGGCACAUUUGACAAAUAACCAUUAUCUAAUUUCCCUCGCGAGAUCCAUCUCUCCAUUUUCUGUACCGCUUAUCCUCACUAGGGUCGCGGUGGGUGCUGGAGCCUAUCCCAGCUAUCUUCGGGUGAGAGGCGGGGUACACCCUGAACUGGUCGCCAGCCAAUCACAGGGCACAUAGAAACAAACAACCAUUCACACUUGCAUUCACACCUACUGUAUGUACAUAGAAACAAACAACCAUUCAUGCUCACACCUACUGUAUGUCCAAUUUAGAGUCUUCAAUUAACCAACUAUGCAUGUUUUUGGGAUGUGGGAGGAAACCUGAGUACCCGGAGAAAACCCACGCAGGCAGAGGGAGAACAUGCAAACUCAGCACAGGCGAGGCCGGUUUUGAACCUCAGAAAUAUGAGGCGGAUGUGCUAAGGUGACACAGUCUUCCACUGUGUCACCUCACUUGCAAGAUGAACUGUGUCACCUCACUUGCAAGAUGAAUAAAGUAUCCACAGUGCUGUGAAAAAGUAUUUGCCCCCCCUUCUCAAAUUCUUAAAUUUUUGCAUAGUUUCCCUACUUUGUUUAAGAUUGUCAAAAAUAUAAAUAUCAGACAAAUAUAGCUUUGAAUAGUUGAUUUUCCUUAAUAAAUGAAAUCACUGUUUAAAAACAGCAUUUUAAGUUAACUUGGGUUAUAUUUUUCUGAUAUUUAAAUUAGUUUGAUGAUCUUAAAAAUUGAAGUGGGGAAACUAUGGAAAAAUAUAAGAAUUGGAGAAGGGGGCCAAUACUUUUUCAUGGCACUGUAUUUAUCCAUUAAGCCAUGGACAAUCUCGAGUAACCAGUUAGCCUAACAUACAUGUCUUUUAGGGAUGUGGGAGCUGUUCCAAUGAAGAUUUGAUCCUGGAUUUCCUGACUAUGAUCAUUAGACCACCAUACAACUGUCCUGCAGUUUACAGUCUAAUACGAACCAAUACAAGAGCUGUAUCAUUUUUUACUUUUGAAAGACAAUGCUUGGUUUUUAGGAUUCUGACACUUUCAGACAGAUAAUUGGCCAUCUUUAUUGCCAUUUUACUGGUGCAAAGUCAAAACUUGACAGUUUAAUUUGAAAUGCAAGCACAACACAUGCCAAUCACCUCACUGAAAAUAAAGAAGUUAAUAAUCCCUGCAUUGCUUCUCACUAGGAGGUCUUAUUUGUGCAGCUCUUGUAUUGGAUCUCAUUAGCGUGUGCGGAGUCCACUGAUGGUGUAGUGGUACAUUCGCUUGACUUCGGUGCGGGCAGAGUGGAUUCAGUACCCACUCAGGGACGGGGUAAAUGUGAAUUUGAUUGGUUGUCCACCUUUCGCUGGAAUAGCCUCCUUUACCCCUGAACAGGAUUAGCGGUAUUGAAAAUGGAUGGAUGGCUGGAUCGAUUGUGUGGGUGUACCUAAUUGACCAUUCAAUGCAUGUCCACACUGAGGAUAUACUAUACAGACUCAGCUAAUCUUGAAUCAUUGUGUAACUAACAGCAUGUUGUGGCCGCUUACAGUAUAACUCUAGCCUCAGGCAAUAAUUCACGUGUAACACGGACCCUCAUUCGAAGAGUGAAAAUGGGCUCUCCUGCAGAUACAGUGUAAGGAAGAUUGGCAAUGCAGUUACAGUUACGAACGUGGUUAGAUCCUUAAAUUUUAAAUUGUGAUGAAGCCAUGAUCUUCAGCCCUUUGGAUGUAACAGUAUGAGCUGUUAAUGGAGGAUGUAAUCCAUAUUAGGUGUGUGUACAUUUAGGCUUCACAUAAUGCUUUCCAAGAUAUAGCUGCAAUUCCUGAAAUCCCACAUUCACUACAGAUGUUUUUUUUUUCUCCUAUUUUUAUUUAUUUUUUAACAGUAUUUUUAAUUAGUAACCCCCUUUGUCCAUUUAUCCAUGCUGUUCAGAGUUCUCACAUGUCCCUCACGCCUGCAAAGUAUUCACAAGUCAGAUGAGCUCUGUUCCUGCAUGUUGUUUGGAGGAUUCUGCCACCCAUUUUGACAAACCUGGAACACCUCUUAAGUGCCCCCACCACUGCAGAUGGUAGUUAAUAAUGCUGCCUCAAUUUUUUAACUAAGUUUUCUUUCAUGUUUGUGGUUUCUUUGAAGUUGCUUGAUCAUGACAAAUGUUUCUAAAUGUCAACGUAGAUGACACUGUUUGGACCACGCCUUACAUGUGACAUUCAGAGAGCUUUAUGAAUUUCACAGUCUCAAUUUGUGCUGAUUGAGAUACUUUGGAGUGGGUAUGUUACACACUUGACUAGCCUGUUGAAUUACUAAAAAUGCUGCAGCCAGCACAUUACAGUAUGGCACAGUGUAAAUAGACUGUGAAGCGAAUGGAACUGAGUCAAAGUGCGGAUGGGUGAAUGAUGCAGAUGAUAUUUUUGGUGGCCUUAGCGAGAUGAUUGACUUUGCAUAUGUUUUCAGAUGGAAAUAUUCUGGAUAUGAAUAUAUUGCACAAUUUAUGUACCAAUAAAGUUUGA